UCUGAAUUACAACUCAAGACGAUUUACAAAGACACUUUUCGAAUAAAAAAUGACCUUUAGGUGCGUGAGGCUGAUGGUGUCCGUGAUGGCGCUGGCCACACACUUGCUGGCCGCGCCGUCCACCAGAUCGCAGCUGCCCAUGGUCAAGACGUCCGAGGACCAGACAGCUGGCGAUACGUUACUCGAACUAGCCACGGCCCUGAUGACCGGCGGUGCCUUGGCGGGCGGCCGGAAAACGGAAAUGCACCACCACAAUGACGUCCAAAGUCACAAGCCGCCACACCACCAAGCCAUUUCCACGUUAAUCCAUCUGCUGUUGACCAUCGGCAGUGCGUUCGCUCCUCUGGUGGGUGCAAUCGUCGGGCCGCUGUUGACUAACAUCGCUAACGGGAUAACGUGGGCCAUAUCACACACCAUCGCUUCCGGAUUUUCACCUCCACACGGAUUGUUCUCACCGGAACUCGGCCACGGAACCGAUCACAUCAAAGAACACCUGACGUCUUAUGCUGCCGAAGGUCAAUCCGAAACGGGGUCCGACGCGAUUCAUCAAGUGCAGCAACCCACGGCCGCCACGGAACCGUCCGAACCCGCGACGGUCGAUGACACCAGAAACGAAGUGAAGAAAAUAGUAUAACGAUCCGCCGCAGACGAAUAAAUUACAUAUUACAUAUUACAUUAUAUGAUCACGAGUUCAUGACGACCACGAUUUAUUAUUUUUUUAUAGGCAUACAAAUUAUUA